AUGACCCCGCCUCGAACGCGUGGACGGAGUGGGUGUGGCCAGAGGCCGGGGAUUCCGGAGCGGCGGGCUCUGCUUUUGCGGCAGCGGCGGUCUCCGCCUCUGCGGCAGCGGCUGCUUCGGCUGCCGAAGGCGACUUCCCGGAACUGCUCCCAAAUGGCACGGUCCCCCCGAGCAAAGAUGUUGGAGAAGACGAGAACCAGAUGUGGCGGUUUGGCGUGCAGGCUUUUGAGGCUUUUCAUGCCUGGCUUCAGCAGGCGUAUCAAGGGGAAGGGCGCGGCAUGCGGAUCGUCGACUGCCGCCGAUUCGAGGUCUUUGACUUCGAAAUCCGAAGCGGAAAAAAACCUAUAACGCCGAGGACGCGAGUCGAACUGUUCGCAGACGCGGCAAAAGAAGGUGUGGGCUCGCUUUUCAGGCGAAAGGCAGUGGUGAAGGUGGAAAAUAUCGGUAAAGAGAUGAUGCAAAAUAAAUCCGGAGUAGCUCCUGCUCUCGGACAUCAAUACCAGUACGUCAUCGUGUUCCGGGAUGCGGAAUCGCGAAAAUUGCUUCGGAAGCCGCGCGAGGUAAAGAUGCAGGUGACGUUGAAGGUCUUGGUUGAUGCGGAGCGCGGGGAAAGGACCCCAGCAGGAGAUAGAGCACCUCUUUCGCACGAAUUAGUCCUCCCGCUCGGUUCGUUACCCCUGGAGGUGAGCAAAUCUCAGGGCGACGCACUAGUUAUGGGGUAUAGAUUAUCAAGUGCAAUAAAUAUCCCUGGAUGUCUGGAAGAGUCAUGCUGUUUUUGCAUGACGCAGAAGGGCUGGCAUGGAAGCUCUAGCGUCACAGGUUUCGAGAAGCUUCCGUAAUGCCUAAUCCGCACGACAGGCCCCCCAUUUUGGUGACAGAAAGUGGGCAGCUUUUGCUCCCUAUGCGUGAGAGAUUUUGAAAUGCGCGUCACAAGUUUCUCUUCUUCCAGACCCAGACAUAUUUGCAAUCCAUAUACAUUGGCUGAUCUCCAACAGCGGGCGGUGCGGUAUUUGAGCGGCUCCGACGGCCGCAUUGCUUUCCGAAAAGCUCCGGAUAUCAAGCUUCCGGUCUUCGACGCGGGUGGCGAUGCCUUCGAAAUCAAGCCGAUUUUUGGAGCUGCUGCGAAAGGAAGGGUAAUUGGAGGUGACGACAAAGACGGCGUUCACACUGCUGAGCGUGAUGUUGAUGCCGCGUGCAUGCAAGACAAUGAAACCUUGGGCGCGUUUCUAAAGCGCCACGGCGAAAAAGCCACGCUCUUCUCCGAGAACGACGAAGGGGACGACCAAGAGCCGCUAACCCUUCGUAGCGAGAUUACGUGGUACGAAAACCGGAAAACAACAAGCGAGGAGGGUCGAGAGAAGGCGUUGCUCUUGCGCAUGAUGUUCUCCUCGUCCGAGGGUCGUCCUUCUGGAGAUGCCGAGGCCAUUCUAGAAUCGGUUGCCGGGAAACCUGAGUACGCAAAACUGUUGAGCAGCGGGGAGUUUUUCAAAAAAAUCCGACCGAUUGUUCAACCAGGGAGUGCGGUGUUGAAGUUUGCAAACGAGGCUUUGUUUCACCGGAAGCCGGAGGAUUGGGAUAGGAUGAUUCUGGAAGCUGUGCAGGAGAACGCGGGGGAAUUUGCCCACGUUCCAGUGUCCGUCUGGGAGGAUCCCACGAACUUCUUCCGCGAAUUUGUUUAUGUGAAAGACGAGAGGAGCAGCCAGUACCCCACCCCCCUGGACAAACGCAACUGGUUCGGACACAUCGUGAAACACUUCCCCGAAGCGCUGGCACACACAAAUGAGAAAACGUUGCAUCAUGAAAUGUUCGCGGAACAGCUCCUGGAAAUGAACUUCGACCUCGCAAUAUGAAUUUUGCAAACAUGUCUGGGUCUGGAAGAAUGGAAGUUUGUCAUUGCUUGUCUGACAUGAUUCUCAAGUCUGCCAUGUGCAUUACCCAAAAGCUCCAUUUUUCUGUCAUGCAGAAGCUCACUUUGUCAUGCAGAAACACCAAGACUGUAGCACCCCCAAAACUUGUCAUGCUUGCCAGUCAAUUGAGGCGUCCUCGUCUUUCUCAACCAGCAUCACAAGUUUCCAGACCCAGACAUUUUUGCAUUUGAUAUGCAAUGCGGUACCUGCCCCUGCGGAACGACAUGAGGAUCGCGAAAGUCGCGCUCAAAUUCAUCGUCGGGUCAGGGAUAUUCGAAUUCCGCGUCGCAAGAAGAUCAAUCGAGUGGCAGAGAAAGGCGCUGGAUGCUUUGCUAGCACGCGUGGUGCAGGGUCGUGAUCAGACACAGGAGGAGCACCACAGUGCCACACAUCAAGAAGAGGAAAAAAGAGGUCGUCCGCGAAGGACGAGAUCUUCAACUCCGCGAAAGAGAUCUGCAUCACCUCCGCGACGGAGAUAUCAGCUGCAAAAAUGUCUGGGUGGUCCGGAAGAAUGCAACUUGUCAUGCCAAAUCUGAAGCAUGCAAAAAUCUGUGUUGCAUGAUGACCAAAAGUCGUCCAGUUUUGACCAAGUCGGGAGGCAGUUUCUCAUGCAGGAUAGGCAUGAGAGAGAUCCUCGCGCAGAAUCUGUCAUGCUAGGUCCUGCAUUCCAGACCUCAUGGGUCAUGGAAAAGCUGCAUGACAGGUCGCGCACUCUUCCAGACCCAGACACUUUUGCAUUUGAUAGGAGAUCAUCUACUGCAAAAAGAAGACGAUCGGCGACCCAAGCGUCUUAUUUAAGUGACGGAGAAGAGGGUGAAAAAAGAAGCAGAUCUACCUCAACCAGAAGACAAGAAAGGAGAUCAACAAGUAGAACUCCGGAUCGUCGCUCUGUGUCUACUUGUCGUGCUCGAAUGGAGCAGAUGGCGCUGGUGGGGCGACGAGAUGGUGGAGAAGUCCAAGCUCCCGUAGUAGCGGAGGUAAAUCCUGGGAAAAGCACCGCAGCUCCUGCUGCUGAGGAGGACGAUGCUGAUGCAAAAGACGUUCGACGAGAACGCGCGGCCCGGUUUAUCCAACACGGGCUUGCGUUUUGCGCGGACUUCAAAUGCAGAGAACAAGAAGCGCUCAAGCGCGUGCUGGGAAAAAUUUUCACUGGAGCAAGGGCACGCCAUGGAGUUGAUGUCCGUGAUCACGAGGACGCGAUUGCGGUGGCGGCGCUCCGUCCCGACAAGUUUUUGCAGUCGCUGUCGUUGGCCGUGGGAGGAGGACGAGAGAAAGAAAAUUUCCCUCGGGACUUUGUCCUCGCAGUGUGCGCGCGAAACGGCACGGCGCUCCAGUUCGCGUCGGAGGCGCACAAAAACGACCCGGAGAUAGCGGCCACCGCAGCUUCUACUCCUGCUACAACGUCGGUUGCUGGACAAGUACGCCAAGGACCAAUUUCCUUUUUCGAAUGGCUUGAGUCGAGGCAAGAGCUUGAUGUCGGUCGAGAGCCGAUUCCCUAUUCCUGCAGGGUCGAGGAGGUAGCCCGACGCGGUUCCGAAUAUCUGGCGCCGAAACCUGCGAAAGACCAGAUGCAGCAGUGGGAACACAAGUGGCUCUUUCUGCAGCUCGUGCAAAUCGUGGAGAAACAUACGCGCGUUGCUAGUGAAAGAGGACCAUCAAUGAGCCGCUUGGUACCCGAUCACGCGGUAGGCAACAGAGAAUUUAAGGAUGAAAAUAACUUUAUCGUGUGGCCGGAAAACUACGCGGACCACUACAUCGGGGAACAUGACGUGCCCCCGACGGAGCUAUCAAAUGCAAAUAUGUCUGGGUCUGGAGGAAAGCAGGUAUUAUUUGUCGUGCACAUUUUGCAUGACCCAUGAUGUCUGUGAUGCAUGCCCCAGCGACGUCAGCGUCACAGGUCUACUGAGUGCUUCUUGAUGUCUGUGAUGCAUAACAAGUGCCCUCUCCGCGUCGCAAGAAAGCGAACAACUCUUGGUAAUACUCAAGCAAUACAGAUAGAUACAUUUUUAACGAUUUUUUUUUGUUGAUUCCAAACGCAGCUGCACAAGUUGCACUCCGGCAGAAAUCUUCCAGGGAUAUUUGCAAUGCAUAGGAGCGGUUUGUGCACUACAUCCGGUAUCGCGUGGAACAGUUACUGGCCAAAGGAAUUGUGAACGAUUUCGCCACCCUGCCGACCACAGACUUUCACGAUUAUGGGAGUGCACAACGCUGUCCUUCCCCUCAUUUGUCAUACAAAAUCCGCAAUUUUUCCAGUUGUUACCUUGUGUCACUAUUAUGCAGUACAAAUUGUGGAAGCCGAUUCAGUAGCAGUGCUACUACACUCAGCGCAUGAUAAAUGUUGAACUUGUCAACAUCUUGGACAUAGCACCCACCUGUGGAUUGGCGUUUGUAGUUCUGUUCAUCGAGGACUGCAUAGAAAUGAGGGGGAGGACCACGGGGGCUUGUGCACUCGCAUACCGAUCCACCGGUGGUAUUUCCCCCGACCCCGAUCCCCGAGACAUCGUGGAGGCUGCUGCGACAGUAUGGGAAAUUCGAAAUAUGGCCGGAAGGCUACUGGGCUACUGGGCGCUACUGAUCGAAGCGCGGGCGGAACUACUGGAUGAAAAACAAAAUGAAAGACCGAGAAGCAGCUCGAAUGAGAACGAAAGCGACUUCUACACGAGGACGCGCAUAAAUCCUGUACUAGGUCAAUUGAAUUUCUAGUCCACUGUUCCCCCUCGCCGAUAUAUUUUCUACUAAACUUGUAUUGUAUAAUGUAUUUUUUACGCGAAGACCACAGAGCAGUAAUAUUUUUUUAUUGUUCUCCCUUGUGCUGCUGCACGACCAGGAUUGCGAAGCCGAUCGAGAAGUGGUAUGAUCUUUAGAGAACUAAAUUUGCAGAAUUAGCAAUUUUACUAAAAAACUACAUCAAGAGCUCUUUUUUUAUUUUUCCCACGUAGGAAGAUCAAGAUGAGUCCCCUGUGGGAUUAUAUAAGUACGUAAGAGGCAGCAGGAGGAGGACCACCGCGAACAACAACGAGAGUCGCAUGCAGUUUCUGUAUCGAACUACAACGAAGAUGAAAACCUGGGCUUACGACCGAAAUCGUGAUGCACGAAGAUCAAGAACCACCUGAAGCAUAAUUGUAAGAAGUACCACUGUAGUGAACGAGUGCCGAUUACUUUGAAGUAGUAAGAGCAACUUUAUGCAUCAAAGUUAUAUUUUUAGAUGACUCGACGUCUCAGGAACAUCAAAGGUCUAUAGGUUUAGUGUGGGGGAGAUUUCAAUCAUCAUUUUUAUAUAGAGCCUGACGCUCGCGGACAAAUUUAUUGCAUAUCGCUUUCGCCUGUGUAUCCAACCGACGCGAAGAAAUUUCUCAGUAACGGCGGGUCACCGAUUUACCGACCAAUCUAGUACUAGUACCAACGAAUCAUGUCUAGCACUACUAGGGGUCGAAGUAGAGAGGGCACAACUUCUUUCUUGCAGCCCGAAAACGUCAUCUGGAUUAGUAGCUUGCAGCCCUACACGAGUGAAGUAGUUCUUUGGAGCCUGGUGCUCUUUUGCAUCUCCGAUCCAUGAUUUUCUUCACCUUUUAUCUUUGUAGUACCCAAAAAUGCAGGUUAUUUUUUCGCUUCGAAGGAUCAUAUCUAACUGUUAAUUUCUACUUCGGACAUAAAAAUACAGGCACAGUGCCAGUAGCUGUUUGAAGUAGAAGUAGGUGCGACCAUUGUACUAGCCUUUAUUGGGGCGAACAGUGCAGAAAAGAUCGUGACUGCAUCAGUUUCGUUUUUCAAGGAAAGUCCAUAGUGGCGGGGCAGAUGCAUUUAUUGUUUAUCCUUUGUUUUUUAUAUUUAUUCGGAAAAAAAAAGAUGAAUGUGCCAGCCUCUAUAAUUGUUUACCCUUUCGCCGGGGACCGCUCAACCUCAAGAAAAAGAAAACAGCCUUGCUGUUGCUCACGCUUAUUUGAGGCCGCUUAUGAAGGUUUGUGAACCGGAGGAUCAUGACUAUCGUGAUCUUCCGUUCCAACUGCACGAGGCCGAUUUUGAAAAUGCUACUAAGAUUAUCGCAGACCAUUAUUUUGUGUGUAUGAUCUAUAUUUAAGGACCUGCAACACCGUGUAAGGACGAAACAUGAGGCAUCAGGGGCCUGCUAAGGGCGUCACUCAGGAGUACCGCGUAAAAGCUACAAAGAAAUGCCAGUGGAGUACAAACUAGUAAACGCUUGCGCGCAGUUGCUGCGGAAGAAUGCUCCGGGAGAAUCAUGAAGAUUCCGAGUUGUAAAUCUUAGCUGGAAAAUAAACCAAACGAGCAAGAUCGCAGCCAGGCAUUUUUUCGAGGCAUGAGAUGAAGGGAAGGCGCUGUCUUAAGGUCCUCGUAUACUUUUUCUGAUGUAUGAUGAUGUAUAUUUAUCGCGCAGGUAGUACAUGCGGACCCAGAGUCAGAAC